UGGGAGCCGGGCGAGGAUGGCGGCGGCGGCGGCCUCGCCGGCGCGGGAGCUCACGCAGAACCCGCUGCAGAAGACGUGGGAGCCCUACGACAACGGGCUGCCGGCGGGGCACAGCGCCCAGCGCGGCGUAUGUAUGACCAACUGCCCCACUCUGAUUGUCAUGGUGGGUCUCCCAGCAAGAGGAAAAACCUACAUCUCGAAGAAGCUGACGCGCUAUUUAAACUGGAUUGGAGUGCCUACAAAAGAAUUUAAUGUUGGUCAGUAUCGUCGAGAUUUGGUGAAAAAGUAUAAAUCUUUUGAAUUCUUCCUGCCUGACAAUGAAGAAGGCUUGAAAAUCAGGAAACAGUGUGCCUUAGCAGCGCUGAAUGACGUCCGACAGUACCUCAGUGAAGAAAAUGGGCACGUGGCUGUCUUUGAUGCUACAAACACAACUCGAGAACGCAGAGAAACUAUUUACAAAUUUGGUGAAGAAAAUGGGUAUAAGACUUUCUUUGUUGAGUCAGUAUGUGUGGAUCCAGAGGUCAUUGCUGCAAACAUUGUGCAAGUGAAGCUGGGUAGUCCUGACUAUGUUGAUUGUAGUAAUGAUGAAGCAACAGAAGAUUUUAUGAAAAGAAUAGAGUGCUACAAGAACUCGUAUGAGACAUUAGAUGAAACUCUUGACAAGGAUCUUUCUUAUAUUAAAAUUAUGGAUGUCGGAAGGAGUUACCUUGUGAACAGAGUAAUGGAUCACAUCCAGAGCCGGAUUGUCUACUACCUCAUGAAUAUCCAUGUAACUCCUCGGUCAAUCUACCUCUGUCGACAUGGAGAAAGUGAACUCAAUCUGAAAGGGAGAAUAGGAGGAGAUCCUGGGCUGUCUGUCAGGGGGAAAGAAUUUGCCAAAAGCUUGGCACAGUUUAUUAAUGAGCAGAAUAUCAAAGACCUGAAAGUUUGGACUAGCCAGAUGAAAAGGACAAUUCAGACUGCUGAAGCCUUGGGAGUGCCUUACGAGCAGUGGAAGGUUUUGAAUGAGAUAGAUGCAGGAGUGUGUGAAGAAAUGACAUAUGAAGAAAUACAGGAAAAUUAUCCGCUGGAAUUUGCACUGAGAGACCAAGACAAGUACAGAUACAGAUACCCUAAAGGAGAGUCUUAUGAAGAUCUUGUUCAGAGACUGGAGCCAGUAAUUAUGGAACUUGAAAGGCAGGAAAAUGUGCUUGUCAUAUGUCACCAAGCUGUCAUGCGCUGUUUGCUCGCGUAUUUUCUUGACAAGCCUGCAGAGCAACUGCCUUACCUGAAGUGCCCGCUGCAUACUGUCUUAAAGCUAACCCCGGUGGCUUAUGGAUGUAAAGUAGAAUCUAUAUUCCUGAAUGUUGAAGCCGUAAACACACACAGGGAUAAACCCGAGAAUGUAGACAUUUCCAGACCUCCCGAGGACGCUCUUGUAACAGUCCCUGCUCAUCAGUGAAUCCCGUGUGCUGACCAACUAUCGAACUUGGGAAUGUAGGUGUGGAUCGGUCAAGAGAAGAAGCUUUGAGGACGGUACCCAACCACCUCUAGCUCCCCUCCCCGGGGCAGCAGCCCGGCCUCCAGCCCAAGAGCUUCGCCACCGCGGCUCGUGAGCUCCCCGAGAACCCAGAAGGUGUCGCCGAGCGAGCGGGAACCAACGCGCCUCCCCUUCACUUUAAGACAUUUCGAAUGUGAUUCAGCUUCUUUGGAGAUAAACCUGUAGUUCUGGAUAACCCCCAGUGCCGGAAGGUAUCGGUGAAAAAGAUUUAUGGGAAGCAGAGUAGAGUUGGUUUUUAGAUUUUUUUAUUUUUUUUUUCGUAUGUAAAUUUGUGCAGUUUCGGUGGUUUUUAUUGUUCAUCUGUGGAUACUGCAAAGAUGGUUAAUUGCCCGUGUCAGUUUUACUGUCAGAUUUUAACUAGAUUUUACUUUCUUUUUUUAAGUGUUUUUCUAAGAGUUCCUGUUAUUUUUACUGUGAAUGAUUGUCUAGGAUUACAUGGAGAUUUUUUUGAUGGCGUAUUUAACAUAGGUGAAAUUCUGCAUUUUGAGCACUGGAGGCUUCAUGUUGCAAAACUACUUUAAAUGGGAAAGCCUGUCGGCUCUGAUAGCUUUCCUGGGUUUUAAAAUGAGCUUUGGUUUGCCAACCACAACUUAAUUUUUUCUGAAAUGGAGAGAGUUUCCCCUUAAAAAAAUUAAAGCAUUAAAGCUGGAUUUGCUACCUGAAAGAUUCAGCUGUUUUAGCAAGAUUUUAACAUUUUUCCAGGGGCCAGCUGUAUUUUGGAGGGCAGUGGAAGACACAGUGUAAAGUGGGGAGGUGAGUGUGAGCACAGGUAGCAGGAAUGGAUCCAGAGAGUUGUCCCUUCUGCUGCAGUUACCGGAGGGGAUGAGCAGCUUUUCUGAGACUGGAGGGGAAAAGGAUUCUGACUGUCAAGGGCUGGAGAAACUGCUUCUCUUAUUAGUGCAGUGAUUUUUAAAAAAAAUUUUUUAGGCAAUUUUUUGAAUGAAUUUCAACAUAAAAGUAUAUGUUUCUCUCUUAUAGUCACAUUUAAUAUGUACAUGAGGAGGCAGCACAGAAAGGUUAGGUGGAAUGUAACCCUUCUAACAGCUCAUGCGAGAAAAACACCAGGUAAACUCUGAAAUUUAUUUUUAACGUGGCACCGCCUGCCUUGGCUUUUUUCGUGUUGUUCUUAAGCACCUUCCACUGUCCCAGUUCUUCUUUUAUACCUUGGGAAACUCCAGUGCUAAAAAUGGAAUUUUCUGUGUCUGUUGAGGCCAGGGCCUCUUACCUGUACUCAGUCAAGGUGUAUUUUGUACGUGUGUUCCCAGACAGCCGAAGCGAGCUCUGGCGCCGCUGCUGGCUCCGAGUUCUGAAAGGAGAACUAUCCUUUGGUAGUUGGACUGUUGUUUUUUCUAAGGACUUCUGUUCAAUUAACUGAGCUUUUACCAUGUAAUGUCGUUGGGGCUUUUUUUUGUUUUGUUGUUUGGGGUGUUGUUUUUUUUCUUUUUUCUCAAUUCCUGUGUGAAAACACCAGGCCCUUGUAACGUAGUUUCACCGGCAAGGGCUAAAUUGUCUUUUGUUUGUGCAGGGUUUAUAAAAUAACAUGCUGCUGUUGUGAUUUGUUUCAAUAAGCUAAUUCCAGCAAUAUAUUCAGCUCUGGGAGUAAGCCAUACCGUCUGGCUGGGUUCCGGGUGGGAGGAGGAAGGCGUAGGGUACGGAACCACCAGAAACACUUGCUUCAAGCGCUGCUGCCUAAAGCUUCGUGUGUGUGAUCCAUGUGUUCCUUAACGCCCACUUCACCUCUUGAUUAAUCCAGCUGUGUCCGUAGAUACUGUGUGAGGAGGGAGACGGGGCAGCGCUGCUCAAGAGAAGUUAAUUUAUUGAUGUGCAGUUAACGAGGCCGCCUUCGUGGCAAAACUGUAGAGGUAAUUUCCCCUCCCGACGCGCUGUGUGGUCAGCGUGGGGAAGCUGGGCUGUGCUCCUGGCAGCCCUGGCUCCUCUGCCGGCCCAGCCGUGACCAGGGGCUGUUAAACAGCUCUUAAACUGAGAAAGUCAAGAGUUUGUCUGUGGUUACAGAGGCCAAAUCCCAGGAGACUGUGUUAGAAAAUCAGGGUUUUACCGGCAGACUCUGGUCGUCCUUCAGCUCGGACCCAGCUGAAGAAACGUGGUGGAAGGAAAGGUUUCCCCUGGCGAGAGCUAUCGCUCUUCACUGGCUGCACAGCUUGAGGUGUCUCCCCUCCCUCCUUCCCUCCCUGUGUCUUACCUCUCCCGACUUUCAGAGGUGCUGUAAAAUUCCUUGAGGCUAAAUGUUUUAUGUAUAGUAGGUAUUUUUAUAGCCUGCUUUUGAAUAUACUGUGAUGAGUGUUUUACUAAGUUGGGUGUUCAGUAAAAAGACUUGUAAACAAGUGUAAAUAAACUGUUACGCUGAUACUUGAAGAGUUUAAAAAAAAAGAGAAAAUAAAAUAAUGAAGUUGUCUGUUCUACUUUAGGAAGGUACUAAAUCACUGACUGCAUCCCACCCUUUCUAGCGAGCGUAGGCAAGGAAUGUAGAUCUGAAGGGAGCGAUGGGCUCUCCCCGGGGUGUCACCAACCACCUUCUGGAGAGGGAAUUCUGGUGGGAAUUGGGGGUUGUGGUCACUGUCUAAAAGCUGUGCUCGUCCCCUGCCCCUGACCGAGCCGUCACCGACAGCGUCCUCACCUUCUGUGUUUGCACCCCUGUGUAUCUUACUGCCUCCUGACUGUUAAUGCGCUCGCUCGCUCAGGUGCAGUCUCUCCAACGGGAUUAAACUGUCCUUUCUGACACCCUCGGCCUCCCUCGCAAUCCUUCAGACAAAUGUAAUCCUUUGAUCCCAGAAAUAAAGAUGAAAUGCUGCGG